GUCUGAACAAAAUGAAGGCACUCGUCCAGAAGUUUGUGCAGGACAAGCAGUUGGCAGGCGGCAUAUCUACUGGUGAUGUCAUAUCCCAGCAGUUUGACAAUGCCCUGCACAGUGAGGCCAAGGAAUUGGAGUUCCUGUCCUUCAGUCUUUCUGAGGGAUGCAGAGUGGAUGUGUUUUUGCAUCAGAAGUUGUCUCAGUCCUAUCCUGAUCUCUGGGCAUUCUGCAGGAAGUUGUUGCUCUUAUCCCAUGGCCAAGCUGAAGUUGAGCGUGGGUUUUCAACAAAUAAAGAAGUUGAAAUCUGCAACCUUUCGGAGGAGGGAAUGACUGCCCACAGACUCAUCUGCGAUCAUGUUCGGGUGUAUGGAGGUGACGUGACCAGAGUGCCUCUCACAAAGGAGAUGAUCACUUACUGUGCCACAGCAAGAACCAGAUAUCGAACAUACUUGGAGGAGGAAAGAAGCAAAAAGGAAGAAGAUGACCAGAGGAAGAAAAGAAAGAUGAUGGUCGAUGAGCUUGAGGAGCUGAAAAGAAAGAGAGUGGCAUUGGAGGGGGUAUGUGAUGGUCUACAAAAUGAAGCAGACCAGAUGGCUGACAAAGCAGAAAAUUCUGGUGGAACAAAAAUGGCAACUCUAAUAACAAAAUCCAACACACUCAGACGUCGAGCCAAAGAAAAAAGGGAGGAGUUGGUUGGCCUGAAGGCUGACAUUAAGGAGAAAUCUGAUGCACUGAGGCAGUUCGAUCAGUAGUCAAACUUCCUUGUUUCCUCACUGUUUAUGUUCAUGGCAGUACCCUACUAUUAAAAUAUCG